AUGUAUAAACAAGCUAGAACUCUAGGAAAAAGACCUAAUUGGCUAGAGGAUGAUACUUGGAAUGCUCUUCUGGAAAAGUGGAACAUGCCACUAUAUAGAAAAAAUUGUGAAACAGCUAAGAAGAAUCGCACAUCUCAAAAGGGUGGUUGUUUGCACACAGGAGGAUCUAUUAAUGUGCAUGAGCAUGCUAUUCGUUUGGAGCUUGGCCGGUCUGUGCAUGUUGAUGAAAUAUUUCAGCAAACACAUAUUCGUCAAUCAACGGGGGAAUUUGUGGACGAAAGGUCUAGGCGGACCCAUGAACAAUUUGUAGCAAAGUUUUCUCAAAUAAGAUCUGAGAAUGCAUCUAUUGGUGCCUCAGCAAGUAGUCCUCUAGAUCCUGCCGAUGAGGAAAGAUUGAGAAACCGAUGUUGGUUAGAGGAUGUUGGUGGAAAAUACAAGGGACGUGUAUACGGGAUUGGAAAUCUUGAAAAGUUUCAAGGCUUUCUUGGCGUCCUCCUGCCAUUCCUUCCGCCUUCGGCAGCCGCAACUGCACAAGACUUUUUAAACGUCCAAAAUGUUCCAGCUCAAACUCAAGCACCCAAUGAUGUCCAAGCAGAACAACAAGCUGCAGAACAACAACCACCGGACCAGCAACCACCGGAACAACAACUACAGGACCACCAAUCACCGGAUCAGCCACCACCACUAGAUGGAAAUAGAUAUAUGGAUUAUUAG